AUGGGUUCAGCCACCGCAGUGACUGUUGAAGCCAAAUACUCCAAUUUAUUCACAAUUCAUCAGGGGCCCAGUCCACACCGGGAGCAACUGAAACCAACCAGCAGACACAAGAACCACUGUGCCUACGUCAUUGAGAAGACGGUGUCCUUCACUGUCCAGGAUGGGGCAGCGCCAUAUGUGAAGGCUGAAUACAACAAGUGUUCCUGGGCCAAACAAUGUCCAACUCUCCUGUAUCGCCUGCUCUACAAGCCGAUGUUCAAGGUAGCCCAUAAAACAGUGACUGAACUGGAAUGGCGCUGUUGUCCUGGGUACUCUGGUUACAACUGUAUGGAUGGUCACCAGAUUUACCAGCAUCCAAUCAGGAUGAUGUCACCAUUCAAAGGUCCACCAAUGAAAGGCCCACAGUUUGGGGGUCCACAGCACGAAGGGCCCAGGUUCAAAGGUCAAAUGUUCAAGACUCCACCUAUGAAACCAAACCCUUGGAGUCAACCGAAGCAAUCUCACAUCAGCAGUUUCAGCUCCUACCCACUGCCUCACUUUGGGCCGCCAAAAUCCUCGUCUUACUCCGACUCAUCCUUUGAGCCUUACCCACCAGAACCUCAGCCAGAACCAGAAUACCAGGAGCCACAUAUUACAGUCGGCGACCCAGAGCACCAGGGGGAAUACAACCAAAGACCAGAGGAUGUUACCCCAGAGGAAAUUGCCGCUCCAACCGAAGAACAGCCAGAGGGGAAGAUCACAGGCCAGGCUCUGGGGAGUGAGACAGAGGAGAGGAUAUUUAGAAUAGAGGAGGACCUGCGGCAUCUGAACCACGGUCUGCAGACGCUCAGGGGAACCGUGUCUGGACUGGAGAACAGCCUGAGAGCCUCGCUGAGAGACGAUGCCAACAGGAUGCUGUCAGCUCUGCUCUCUGCUGCUCCAACGCCUCUUGCUGCUCCCGCUACAGCGUCUAACCCACCCACCGUUGGGUUUGUGGAAAUUCCUGCCAGGGAUCUCGAUAUGGAGGGCUUCGAUGGCAGCCACGUGUUUCCACACCUCACAGAAAUGAGUGGAAGGGUGGAAGAGCUGAGGACAGAGUUGCAGGAGCUCAGAGCAACGGUACAGGGACAAGACGGAGUCCUGAAGAUGAUCUCAAAUAAAACCAGGGGAGGUGUGGAGAGUUUGAUGGAUGCUAAACUGAGUGCAGUCAGGGUGGAAAUACUCGAUGGAUUGGAGAAACGAGUUGAGAGUGCAGAGGAUCGCUGCGGGGAGAAGGUUGGAGCUGAGCGGCGGCAGUGCCAGAGGGAUCAGCGGCAGCGGCAGGAGCAGAUGAGAGGCGCUCUGGAGGAAAGCAUGUCAAAGCUGAGGGACGAACUGGGGAACAUCCAGUCACAGAUCCGUCCAUCAGGUGAGCUGGCAGAAAGAGUCCUGCAUCUGGAAACAUCCGUGGCAGACCUGAACCGGUCCCAGACGCACCUGAGAGUGGCUCUCAGCGGUCACAAGGACCACAUAGAGGCGAUGCUGGAGGGCCGCCUUCAGUACGUUGAAGACAAGCUCAACCUGACUGGGCAGAUGAGAAGUGGAGAUCCUGUGGAAGAAGCUGCAACAGGGCGGAGGCUGGAGGCCAGAAUGGAGGCUAAGCUUCGAGACCUAGAGGACCGCUUAUUGACGGCUCUAGAGGAGCUUAGCAACGCCACCGCCCCCACUCUGCUGGAAGGCCAUGCUGUUCCAACACUGGAGACGGAGCUGGAGUCCCUCCGCGGGAGACUUGAACUCGAUGUAGACCGAGUUCAGAAACACCUAAACAACCUGGAGAUUCUCUGCUCCUCUCCUUGUUCUCCUGCCACCCAAGGAGACUCUGCUGGGCCGGGUGAAAACCAAGAAGUCGAGCAGAACAUAAAGCAGGUUUUAGACUCACAGAACGACCGCUUGAGCAGUCUGAACUUCACCCUGCAGAAGAUCUUAAACACCAGAGAGAGGCAGGUAGACGCAGAAAGAGGUCCUCCAUUUCAGGCAGAGCUUAUGGUUCUUAAGUUCAAUGUUCGUUCAGUCAACCACACCCUGAUGAGUCUCCAAGACUCCCUGGGCACAGUGGUCCAUCAGGUGGGAGAGGCCAACAGCUCCUGGCAUGAACGAGAGCUUCGCCUGGCGAAGCAGAUGAAGGGCGUGGUCCAGCUGGUCGGGCAUCAGGCCUCCAUGCUGGGGGCAGGCGAGCGCAGGCUGACCAGACUCAAAGCUGAGCUGCAGGACAUGAAGAAGCGGCUGGCGGAGGAGGUCCGCGGGUGCCGGAGCACCGCCAUGGUGGUCAAGAAGGAGGUAACUGAGGUUGGAGGGCGUGUUGCCAGUGUGGAAGAUCAAUGUAAAGGUCUGAAUUACCUGGCAGAGGAUCUGGAGAGAAUCAGGGAGGAGCUGGAGAAACAAUCCAGCAGUCUUCUUCUGCAGGUUAAUGGGACGCUGUCCAGCCACGCUCAGCAGCUGUACGAGCUGAAAGACGAGCUGAGAAACUGCACCGUGAGGGCCG